AUAAUUCCUCGUGCUCCAAACGAGAAGUGCGGUGUUACUCAAACGAGAGGUAUGUGCGGUGUGGAGCAGCGGUGCUCUUCGCAUUUGAAACACUACGCCUGGCUGGGCACUCGGACACAAGUCAGGUCCCAGACCAACGCAAGGCCAAUUAAACCACUCCUUUAUUCUGCUCAGGGAAAGCCAUCAUAAAAAUGGCCCUGGACAAAUAUACCAGUGAUAUUUCCUCCUGCCAAGGCGGGGCACUUGGGCUUUGUCCUCCCUCUAUUUCGCUCAAUUGUUUUGGUGUGCGCUUUUGUUUGGCUCGGCAAAAUUGUACAAAUGAUUCAGUUCAAUGUCUCUUUUGUUUGUUUGUGCAACUGUGUGUGUGUAUAUAGAUGUUUCUCGGCGUGUUUUUUGUGUGCAUGGUACAAGUUUGCAUAUGUUUUUCAUUGCUGGGUCGUACGACGAGGAGAUAGUGGACGACGCCCAACCGGCCACUUGCAGGGGAUAUCCUCGGCUGCGAGAUGCCCCAGAACCUCGCUGCGAUGUCGAUGAUGCAGAUGAGGACUACGCACCUGAAACUCUCCAGGACGAGUGGGGUGUCUGAAGUUAAAAGCCGUGACGACUCGGAUAGGGAAGGAUCAAAGUCCGACACCGAAGAAUCGAACGUGGAGGACGACUCGGAUGUGGACCUUGGGCGUACGUCCCAUUGGUCGAUACGUCCAUGGACUCCGACGAGCCCCUUGCUGAGUACGUCAGGCGACGCUGGGACCGCAACGCUCCGGAACUUCCUUCUUUACCGGACGAAGCGAAACGGGGUGGGUGGACACGACGGUGUUGGAGGUCAGCUCAUAUGUCGGCCUGCGGUUCUUCAUGGGUCCUGAUGUCUACAUUCGCCAUGACUAUAACCAGGGACCGCUUCGACGCCCUUACCUCCGCGUUCCACUUCGCUGUCAACGGAGGGGUACAUGAUCGGUUGCGGAGGCUUCGCCCGGUAUUGGACGUCCUGGAAUCGACGUAUCGGUCCGUUCUCGUCCCGAACAAGAACGUAACCGUAGACGACAUGUUCCCUUGUACUUGGUACCCGAUAUCGAAGCUGUUCGACAGGGGUUACCAGUUGCACACACUGGUAAUCCUCCCCGACUUUUUCACUACUUACAGGCCCAGCAGAUCAGCGCCGUUGGUACUGUCCGUACCGGCAGGCGAGUCGGGUUCAGAUCGACUACCGGAGCAGCAAAACCAGGAUGCUUUGCCUUCAGUGGGUUGGGAAGCGUCCUGUCACGAUGCUCUCCACAGCCCAAACCAGCAAUGGUACAAGAUAUCCUUACCGUCGCUGGCUCUUGGCAGCAAACUAGCUCAGUACGAGUUUAGAAGAGCUAGUACGAGGAUUGCUGCAGCAAAUACUUCGUGGGGCCGAGACGGAUCGAGUUCUGGGAGUCCUUCGCUGCUGCCGGGCUCUAGUUUGAGCCGAAAUAUCAGGAACCAGUAGUGGGGCCAGACUCUGGAUGAAGAGACGAUUUCGCAGCGGCAAGAUAGCCAUCUCCAACAUCGCCGGACUUGUUUUCCAAGGGAAUGGUUGUAGUCGAUGGGAAGCUUUAGGUAUUUUCCAGUUUGCUGUGUGCUUCUCGUUUAUUUUGCUCGUAUGUUCCCACCUAAUGUUGAAAUUCCUCUGCCAGACCCACCCAUCAGCGAGGAUCCACCCUCCCUGACUGAAGUCAGGGGGGGCGAUCUCCAAGCUGAAGUGGUAAAGCAGCAGGUGUGUGUGGCAUCCCAGCUGAAUUGUUAAA